AUGUGGGCUAUGAAGAAUGUGGGCACGAUCGAAAUGAUGGGACCGAAGGCUUGGGAUCGCACUGCGUGUGAUGAGAUUGUUGUGGUGGGCUUGACGUUGUACUAUGGCUGGCUUAUGUGUAAGAAGAAGAAGAAGGACAAGUCGGGCAAGCAGGGCAAAACGUGCUAUGAGGAGGUGGGAGAGGUGGGAGAUGCAGUGGGUAUUCUCAACGACCUUGGCCUCAUUGGGUGA